UUAGCUGCAGACUGCAGAAGAACCAGAAGCAACAGAGAGGUGCAGAAAGAGAGAGAAAGAAAGAGGGAGAGAGAGUAAAGGAAAGAGGUGGGCAUGCAACACCAUAAUCAGAACCAUUAGUUGUAUCCAUGUACAGAAGAUUCUGCAGCUCAAUGGUCCCUGAAAUAAAUAUACCUACUCACUCAGUCACUCACUCACACUCUUCCACUCCAAACCCCUCUCUCUCUCUCUCUCUCCUCUUCUCUGCUUCUCUCUCUUAGCAAACACACCUGCUUCCCCUGUUUCCCUCUGAACUCUGAACCUGUCUCUCGUUAGUCUCUUCACAAACAAAGUUUUUUUGCUUCUGCUUGAAACUUUUCCUUUCUUUGUUGUUGUUGUUGUUUUGGUUUUUGCUUGUUAUUACAGUGUUAUUAUGAGUGGAAGGAACAGGUUUCCCUUCACAGCAUCACAGUGGCAAGAGCUGGAACACCAAGCUCUCAUCUUCAAGUACAUGGCUUCUGGGAUCCCCAUCCCUCCUGAUCUUCUCUUCACCAUCAAAAAUUCCUACUUGGACUCUUCACUUUCCUCCAAGCUAUUGAUCCCUCAACAUGUAGGGUGGAACUGUUUCCAAAUGGGGUUGGGGAAAAAAAUAGACCCGGAGCCCGGGAGGUGCAGAAGAACAGAUGGGAAGAAAUGGAGGUGUUCAAAGGAGGCGUUUCCGGAUUCAAAAUACUGUGAAAGACACAUGCAUAGAGGGAAGAACCGUUCAAGAAAGCCUGUGGAAGUUUUCAAGUCACCAACAACUUCUGCAUCACAAACACCAAUCUCAUCAUCAUCAUCAAUCACACACAAGAAUAACCUCUCCAAUAUGAUCACGACUACUAGUACACAAACACAAACACCCAACUCUAAUAACUCCCUUUCUUCAGUAUCUUAUGACUCCCAAAACCGCCAUAAUCUCCAAUACCCUUGUUACAAUAACUCUUUGGUUUAUCAUCAUCAUCCCCACCACACAUCUUCUUCUAGGCCUCAUCAUGGUAUGAUUGGUUUGCCAUCUCAAGACAGCAAUACAUCCUUGCUUUUUGACUCGGACUUAAGAAAUAGGUAUCAUCAUGUGUAUGGAAUGAGAGAGGUUGAUCGUGAUGAUCAUGACCAUGAACAUGAACAUGCUUUUUUCUCGGAAGAACCUUCUUCAGGGACUAUUACGAGGGGAUUUUCAUCCAUGGAUGAUUCUUGGCAACUCACGCCAGUACUAUCAAUGAGUUGUUCAUCUUCUUCUUCUUCGAAGCAGAGAAGUACUUGCUCUGGUUUGCAGAACGAGCAUUCUUAUUUGCAGCUUCAGAGUGCUUCUACACAAGCUUAUUAUAAGCAACAAGAGCAUUGUGAUCUGAAAAAGGUUGAGAGAAAAGAAGAAAUUGCUCAGAAGACCAUUCACUUCUUUGACGAAUGGCCAGUGAAGGAAAAGGACUCGUGGCUUGACUUGGACGACAAAUCUUCCAACAGUGGAUCUGUUUCCACAACACAGCUCUCCAUUUCGAUUCCCAAUACGAACUCUUCUUCAUAUGACUUCCCAAUCUUUGGUUCCAGGAUCCAUAAUGGUGAUUGAUUGAGUUUCCUGUACUGGGUUCCUGAGAGAAAUGCCAAAUUGUACUUAAACUGGUGGGGCUUCUUUUAUUUUAUUAUUGUAUUUUAUUUUUUGUGCGAGGUUAAAGGA